AUGCGCUACACCAACCUCCUACUCCUCGCCACCACAUCCGGUGCCAUGGCAGCGGGCAUCGAAAACCGUGGUUUCCUAGCGUGCGUUGACGCCGUAACAGAGCACAAAUCUGUCACCACGGACCUUCCCAGCUUGUCGGCGACAGGCGUCGACGAGGACGACAUCCCAACCAUCACGAACGCCUGCGAGUUGCCCACGCUCACAGGUGCGCCCGGCUCUAUCUUGACCUCAUUCACCUCCGGGCUGAAGUCUUGGACGAGCGCUCACAGCAGCGAGCUCAGCGCUGUGUGGUCCGCUUGCAAGGACGAGGACUUUGUCGGCAAGAUCACUUCUCUUGCUGAGAACUACGGCCCGGUUUGCUCGGCCAUAGCAGAGUUCAGUCGUUCCCUCGAUGGUACUACAGUGGUUGCGACUACCACUGCUGCCGGCACUGCGGCUACUGAGACUGGAGUCGCAGCUACUGGAACCGGAGGGGCGGCUACUGCUACCACCAGUCUGCCCAACGCUGCCUCGCGAGAGACGGAUAUGGUUAUGGCUGCUGUUGCGGCUGCUGGUGUUGGCUUUGCUGUCAUUCACUAG